AUCAUCCAAUUGUUCUUCUUCCUUUUCUUCUUUGCCAAAAUAACGACCGAAAAACAACCAAAACAAUCAAAAUGAUCAAAUUUUUGUGCAUCUUUGCUCUCACUUUUGCUGUCGCUUCAGCUGGCAAAAUGAAAUUCGUCGACUGCGGACACAAAGAAGUAAUUUCACUCGAUGUCUCUGGUUGCGAAGGCGAUUAUUGUGUUCUUCAUAAAGGCAAAACCAUCGAUUUGGAUAUGAAAUGUAAAUCAAACCAAGAUUCAGAACAUCUUAAAUUAAUCAUCUCUGCCGAUGUCAAUGGAAUCGAAAUCGAAGUUCCCGGAUUCGAUCAAGAUGGUUGCCACUAUGUCCAAUGUCCAAUUCACAAAGGUCAAGAUUAUGAUAUCAAAUACAGUUACAAUGUUCCAGCAGUUCUGCCAAACAUCAAAGGCACCCUUACAGCUAAAGUCAUCGGUGAUAAUGGUUUAGUUGGCUGUUUGAAACUUAAUGGUGAAAUCGCCGAUUAAAUAUUUCUGUAAUUAAAUUUUUUAUUGGUCAUUUCAAUAAAGUGAUUAUUUGAUGAUAAAAAA